GGGCCCGGCGUUUGCCCCGGAAGUGGCUGUCUGGAGCUGACAGCUGCUGAGAAGGUGGCGGCAGCGGCGGCCGGCCGGGAGCAAGAUGGCGCUGCGGCCGGGAACGGGAGCUGGCGGCAGCGGGGCCGCGGGAGCUGGCGCGGGGGCCGCCGGCGGAGGCAGCUUUAUGUUUCCGGUUGCAGGUGGAAUAAGACCCCCUCAAGCAGGAAUGAUGCCAAUGCAGCAACAAGGAUUUCCUAUGGUCUCAGUCAUGCAGCCUAACAUGCAAGGCAUGAUAGGAAUGAAUUACAGCUCUCAAAUGUCCCAAGGACCCAUUGCCAUGCAGGCAGGCAUACCAAUGGGACCAAUACCAGCAGGAGGAAUGCCUUACCUGGGACAAGCACCAUUCCUGGGAAUGCGUCCUCCAGGCCCACAGUACACUCCAGACAUGCAGAAGCAGUUUGCUGAAGAGCAGCAAAAACGAUUUGAACAACAGCAAAAGCUCUUAGAAGAAGAAAGAAAAAGACGCCAGUUUGAAGAGCAGAAGCAAAAGCUCAGACUUCUGAGUAGUGUGAAACCCAAGACAGGAGAGAAGAGUAGAGAUGAUGCUUUGGAAGCUAUUAAAGGAAACUUAGAUGGAUUCUCCAGAGAUGCUAAGAUGCACCCAACUCCAGCAUCACACCCGAAGAAACCAGAUUAUCCCACAUCAUCUCAUUCUACUAAAACUGUCUCCCCAUCACCUGCCUUUCUUGAUGAAGAAGAAUUCAGUGACUUUAUGCAGGGGCCUGUUGAAGUUCCCACAUGUGGGCCUUCUUCCACUUCCCAGCCUUUUCAGUCUUUCCAUCCCACCACCCCACUUGGCCAGUUGCAUACACAGAAGGCUGGAGCCCAGCCUCUCCCUCCAGGCCCUUCCUUGGAGGAGAAGCUCCUAGUAUCUUGUGAUAUAAGUACAUCUGGGCAGGAACAAAUUAAAUUAAAUACUUCUGAAGGUGGGCACAGAGCCCUAGGCCCAGGUUCCAGUAAAAACCACCCCAGUUUAACGGCCAAUACCGGGGGUGCUGUAGAUGGACGUGUAAGUGGUACCACUACGGCAGAGGCAGAAAAGACUUCAGACCAAAACCUGUCCAUUGAAGAGAGUGGUGUGGGAGUAUUUCCCUCACAGGAUCCUGUUCAGCCUAGAAUGCCUCCUUGGAUUUACAACGAGAGCUUGGUUCCAGAUGCCUAUAAGAAAAUUUUAGAAACCACAGUGACUCCAACUGGAAUAGAUACUGCUAAACUUUAUCCCAUUCUGAUGUCAUCUGGACUUCCCAGGGAAACUCUUGGACAGAUAUGGGCCUUGGCUAAUCGAACCACACCUGGCAAACUUACUAAAGAAGAACUUUAUACGGUUCUGGCCAUGAUAGCAGUAACACAGAGGGGUGUUCCUGCCAUAAGUCCGGAUGCUUUAAAUCAGUUUCCAGCAGCUCCUAUCCCAACUUUAAGUGGCUUUCCUAUGACCUUGCCUUCUGCGGUGAGUCAGCCGACGGGGAUGCCAUCAGGCCCUGCAGGCUCCAUGCCCCUCAACUUGGGACAGCCGGUCAUGGGCAUUAACCUUGUUGGACCAGUCGGGGGAGCUGCAGCCCAGACUUCCAGUGGCUUCAUGUCAACUUACCCUGCAAAUCAGGUGGUAAAACCAGAAGAAGAUGACUUCCAGGAUUUUCAAGAUGCUUCUAAGUCAGGAUCCCUUGAUGACUCAUUCAGUGAUUUCCAAGAAUUGCCUGCUUCUUCAAAAACAAAUAAUUCUCAGCAUGGAAACAGUGCCCCUUCUUUGUUGAUGCCACUUCCUGGAACUAAAGCAUCAGCUUCAAUGGAUAAAUAUGCUGUGUUUAAAGGAAUUGCAGCUGACAAGUCCUCUGAAAAUACUGUUCCUUUUGGAGAACCUGGUGAUAAAUAUAGUGCUUUCAGAGAACUCGAACAGACAGCAGAGACUAAAUCUUUAGGGGAAAACUUUGCAGAAUUCAGAUCUGCAGGAACUGAUGAUGGUUUCACCGAUUUUAAAACUGCCGAUAGUAUCUCACCACUAGAGCCACCCACAAAAGACAAAACUUUUCCAGCAGCCUUCCCCUCAGGAGCUAUCCAACAGAAACCACAGACCCAAGUGAAAAAUCCUCUGAACUUAGCAGACCUAGACAUGUUCUCCUCAGUUACCUCCAGCAGCGAGAAACCAUUGUCCUUUUCAACUGCAUUUAGUGCAUCAAAAUCCGUUUCCACACGACCCCAGCCAGCAGUUUCUGCUGCAACUAUGACAGCAUUGGCAUCAACUAAAACUUCUAGUUUGGCUGAUGAUUUUGGAGACUUCAACCUUUUUGGAGAAUAUUCUAGUCCAGCAUCUACUGGGGAGCAGGAUGACUUUGCAGAUUUUAUGGCUUUCAGUAAUAGUUCUCUUUCCUCUGAGCAGAAGUCAGAUGACAAAUAUGAGGCCCUUAAAGAGGAAUCUAGUCCUGUCUCUCUAACCAGCAGUGCGAGCAGCACCGGGAAGAGUGGACAGAACUCAGCUGCCAUGUCCACCAAAUACGAUGUCUUCAAACAGCUCUCUCUGGAAGGACCGGGACUAGGUGUUGAAGAGCUGAAAGAGAACACUCCUUCAGGAAAGAGCGAUGAUGACUUUGCUGACUUCCACUCCAGCAAAUUGUCCUCCAUGAACUCGGACAAAUCCCUGGGAGAGAAAGCAGUGGCUUUCAGACACACCAAAGAAGAUUCAGCUUCGGUGAAGUCCCUGGAUCUCCCUUCCAUCGGGGGCAGCAGCGUCGGCAAGGAGGACUCUGAAGAUGCGCUCUCUGUUCAGUUUGACAUGAAACUUGCUGAUGUGGGAGGCGAUCUUAAGCAUGUCAUGUCUGAUAGCUCUUUGGAUUUGCCAACAGUUAGUGGCCAGCAUCCUCCUGCUGCAGAUAUAGAGGACUUAAAACAUGCUGCCUUUGGAACCUGCAGUAGCAAUUUGGCAGUGAGCACACUUACGAGCUGUGACUGGUCAGACAGGGAUGUUGCCUCUCAGGGCAGAAAACUCUCUCCAUUUGUCCUCCCAGCAGGAAGUGGAGCCUCGCCAGCUGCCUCCGUCCUUCAAAAGAAAGAGACGUCCUUCGGCAGUUCUGAAAGCCUCACCGUGACAUCCCUCUCCAAAGUCACGACCUUCGCAAGCGAGGACACCCUUCCAGAGGCGACCUUUCCGGCCUUCGCCAAUUUUAAAGAGGUGAUUCCGCAGACCGGCGAGCAAAAGGAGUAUGAAAGCGCGGACUUCAAGGAUUUCACCAGACAGGACCUGCCAGCAGCUGAGUGGAGCCAGGAGGCCGCGUGCCCAAGCCCAGCCUCCAGCAGCACUUCCCACGACACCCCCCGAGAGUGUGCCGAUGACUUCGGAGAGUUUCAAAGUGAAAAGCCCAAGAUCAGCAAGUUUGACUUCCUAGUGGCCAAUUCACAAGGCAAAAUGAAGUCCAGUGAGGAAAUGAUCCAAAGCGAGCUGGCAACCUUUGACCUUUCUGUUCAAGGAUCACACAAGAGGAGUCUGAGCCUUGGCGAUAAAGAAAUAAGCCGUUCUUCUCCUUCCCCGGCUUUGGAGCAACCUUUCAGAGACCGCUCCAACACUCUGAGCGAGAAGCCCGCCCUGCCUGUCAUCCGCGACAAGUACAAAGACCUGACAGGGGAGGUGGAGGAGAAUGAGAGAUACGCUUAUGAAUGGCAGCGGUGUCUAGGGAGCGCCCUGGAGGUCAUUAAGAAGGCAAAUGAUACCUUAAACGGAAUCAGUAGUAGUUCUGUAUGCACAGAGGUAAUUCAGUCAGCUCAAGGCAUGGAGUAUUUGUUAGGUGUUGUUGAGGUGUACAGGGUAACCAAGCGAGUGGAGCUGGGGAUAAAAGCCACUGCAGUGUGCAGUGAGAAACUCCAGCAGCUGCUAAAGGACAUCGAUAAAGUAUGGAAUAACCUAAUCGGCUUCAUGUCACUCGCCACACUCACGCCUGAUGAAAAUUCCCUGGACUUUUCAUCCUGUAUGCUGCGGCCUGGGAUUAAAAAUGCUCAGGAGCUGGCUUGCGGGGUGUGCCUUUUAAACGUGGACUCCAGGAGCCGGAAAGAAGAGAAGCCUGCAGAGGAACAUCCUAAAAAAGCUUUCAACUCAGAAACGGACAGCUUCAAGCUGGCAUAUGGAGGACACCAGUAUCACGCCAGCUGUGCCAACUUCUGGAUCAACUGCGUUGAACCAAAACCUCCUGGCCUCAUCCUGCCUGAUUUGCUCUGAAAGCUCCUCUGUGAAGUACCAGCCGGUUGUUUUGUGUUUUUUCUGUCACGCCCCUUGGGGUGACAGGGACCAAUAGAAUUCAAGUACUGCAGAGUCCCCCCCCAUCCGUCUACAUGAAGAAAACCUCCCAGUGUGGGGGGACAUGCUUGGAAGUUCCUAGUUUUCCCACAGACGACCUUUGUCCCCAAGCUCCCAAAGCCAGUCUUCGGGGUUUGAGGUAAAAUUGCCCUGCCCACUGCAUGUGGCCCUGGAAGUUUGCUGACUUAUCUCUAGUUCUCUUCAGAUGUUUAAAAAGACGGACCAUGAUUUUCUCUAAGGAAGCAUUUGCUGCUGUGGUAUGGAAACUGAAGAAUUGACCUUGAAAGAAGAAUAAGUUAUUACUGUAGGACUGGAAUUGGCAAGAAUGUUUUGAGCCAGUUUUUGUGUGUUAUCUAGAACACUCACUGUCCUGUGAAGUCGAAUGCAUUUGUCCACGUUUAGUUUGUUAAUAAUGCAAAUGAAUAAAAAGGGAGAAAUCGGGA